GAAUGUCGAAAAUGUAAGGACUCCAAAAGCUGAAACACUUACGAGUUUACUACAAAAGCCUUCCAUACUCGCGCCUAAAAUGGAAAGUUCAUUUUUAUUCAAAACCGAUAAAACGUCAAUGUCUUCAGAUGUGGCCAAAAAGGACGAGAAGCAGGAAGAAAAAUCUACGUUUGAUGUCAAAGCCAAAGAGAGUACCACAGCUACUUCCGUGUGUGGAAUGACUCUUACGAAGUCGACCUCAGAGGGAGGAAGCAUUUCUACUCCCAAACCGGACAACAUCUUUAGGACAGCUGCUGACAGUAUGUUUAAGACUACUUCUGCUACUAACAUCUUUGGAGGUGGCACACAAAAUGUUUUUGGAACAACCGAUUCUACAAAUCUCUUUGGGACUAAGAAAGACAAUAUAUUUAGUGAACCCACGACAACGACUCCCACAUUUCCUAUCGAUGACAGUUCAAAAUCCAUAUUUAACACAAGCGGAAACAUUUUUGCUUCUAGCGCCAUCACAACCGGAGGGAAGAUUUUUGGAACUGGCAAUGUUUUUGGCGUAGAAAGUCAAAAGACCACUAGCAUCUUUGGUGGCACCAACCAAGGUAGCAUCUUUGGAAAUCCUGCUAAGCUUGGAAUUGGUGACCAAAACUCUGGACAAACGCUAUUCGGCAACAAGGCUCAGCUGAAACUAACUGAUGCCAAUUUAACUUUUGGGUCGAGUACUACAUCAAAUUUGAAGGAAACCGAUGAACCUGUAUUAAAGGUCGACUCGGGGUUAUCUUUUGCUACUCUAGCGGCCAAGAGUGACUCAGAGAAGCCAGCCUUUGCUAGUUCCACUUCACAUGAAACUCCGUUUGCCUUCUUAGGGGCCGGUGCCCCAGUUUUCAGUACUAACGCAACGCCGAAAAAGGACUCGUCUUUGCGAGAAAACCCUAAUAAAACUGAACCUGGGUCGGACACUGAAGAUGCCGAAGUUGAAGGGGGCGAACAUGAUCCGCACUUUGAGCCUAUAGUGCCAUUACCUGACCAAAUCGUUGUUUCUACUGGUGAAGAGGAAGAGUCGGUAAUAUUCAACGAAAGGGCUAAACUGUUCAGAUACGACAGUAGCACCAAGGAGUGGAAAGAACGGGGUGUAGGACAGUUUAAAAUUCUAUUACAUCCGCAAAACAAGACUUAUAG